AUGCAGCCUGCUCUCGGAGCCCUCGGGCACACCUGGACUGCCAUGCGAGCCAUGGAGUUUAUCUCGCUCAUUACCAUUAUUGGUUUGACCUCCAACUUCAUUAGUGAGAUGGUCGGUGCUGAUUAUGCGGCGCCUUCUGCUCUGAUCGGAACACUCGUUGUUGCUAUUAUCUCAACUCUGUACAUUGCCAUCUCUUACAUCCUCUACUGGGAUGGCAUGCUGCCUCUCCUCCUUGCUACAGGUGCCGACAUUAUGCUCCUUGUUGCUUGCAUCGUUGUCGCCUGCACCGUUGGCAAGCCUGUCAGCUACUUGGCCUGCCCCAAGUUCCCCUCUGAUGGCAACACAGCCAACUUCAUCAACUCCCUUUUCCGCAACGUCUACCACCGUGGAAACGUCUAUGCUUGGGUCGACCCCGACAAAAUGUCAUGCUACCAGCUCAAGUCUGUCUGGGGCCUCAGCAUUGCCCUUUGUGUCCUCUUUUCCUUCUCUGCCAUCACUUCAGGAUGUCUGUGGAAGCGAACAAAGGGUGUCUCUCGCCCCGCCCCCAAGGACAUCGAGGGUUGA